CCUAGUUUGUACAAAACUUUUUUAACGAUAGUGUGUUCAAAACAAAACAACAUUGUUGCGAUUUCGUUGGGGGCGUGGCCGCACCAACUCCGAUCCAGUGCAACAAGAACGCAGCACGCGGAGCGCCGAAGAAAAGCAGGAAAAGCCGAGGAAACCCAAAGAUAAUCCUAACGAAAUGAAGAGCAAUGUUGGUCAAGGGGGGUACGCCCCACCGGGAUUCGGAUCCGGAUUCCAGCCGAAUGCUCCGCCCGCCGAAGGAUUUGGAUACCCGCCGCCCAGUGGCGGCCACUCCAGUCCGUAUCCCCCUGGUCCCGGUCCCCAGCAGCCGCCGCCGCCCAUGAAUUACGGCUUUUCGCCGGGUCCCCAGCAAGCCGGUUACGCUCCAGUUCCCCAGAUGCCGCCGUACGGAGAGACCCCGCCCUACGGAGCCGGGCAACCACCCUAUGUGGGCGGCCCGGGUGGACAGCCACCCUAUGUGGGUGGUCCGGGUGGCCAGCCACCCUACAUGGGAGGAGGAGGUGGCCCACCACCGCCACAGGGCUUCGGAGGAUAUCCCCCAGGACCUGCAGGACCCGGAGGACCGCCACAUGGAUUCGGCGGAUAUCCACCGGGACAGCCGCAACAGCCCAUCAUCACGCAGCCGGGAAUGGGUCCUCAAGGUCCGGGAAUGCCACCUGGAGUGGCACCCGGAGGACCAGGAGGAGACUGGAUGAGUAUACCUACCGGAAUUCCGAACUGUCCGCGCGGAUUGGAAUACCUUACGACUAUCGACCAGCUUUUGGUUAAGCAGAAGGUCGAGCUGCUCGAGGCCUUCACCGGCUUCGAGACCAACAACAAGUUCUCGAUCAAGAACGCGCUGGGUCAGAAGGUCUACUUCGCGGCGGAGGACAACGACUGCUGCACGCGCAACUGCUGCGGUCCUGCGCGUCCCUUCGACAUGCGGGUCUUCGACAACUUCCAGCAGGAGGUGAUCCACAUGCACCGACCGCUGGCCUGCUCCUCCUGUCUGUUUCCCUGCUGCCUGCAGAGCAUCGAGGUCUCGGCACCGCCGGGCAACGUCAUCGGCACCAUCGAACAGGAGUGGUCCAUCUGCUCGCCUUCGUUCAGGAUCCUCAAUCACGUUGGCGACACGGUGAUGCGCAUCGAGGGACCCUUCUGCACCUUCUCGCUCUGCGGCGACGUUGAGUUCAAUGUUGUAUCGCUCACCGGCGAGAAGGUUGGCAAGAUCUCGAAGCAGUGGUCGGGCUUGGCACGUGAAGUAUUCACGGAUGCGGACUUCUUUGGCAUCAGCUUCCCGCUGGAUCUGGAUGUGCGCAUGAAGGCCGUUCUGCUGGGCGCCACAUUCCUGAUUGAUGCCAUGUUCUUCGAGAAGUCUGGAAACCGCGAGACUGAUGGACCCGGAAUGUUAUAGGAACCAAGUGGUGGCUUGUUCGUCGACUGCCUGUGCGGGAUGGUCAACUGCUGCAUCGAGGAUUAGGUGUUGUGCAUUGUUUUAGGUUGCCGCUUCAUCCAAAUAUCUUCCCACUGAACUGUCGCGUACUAGUCUUCUGUACCAAAAGCUUAUUUAUGGAAAUGGAAUCGCACUAAUGGAACUCAUCGUUAAACUUGAUAAUCAAACUGGAAAUCGAACCUAUUCAACUCAGGCUUCCUUCAGACGGAACAUCGCCAGUAUAUGAAACUAAUUUUAGGUUUUGAAGCAUUUUGUGCAGUUUCGCCUCAUUUACGACAAACGUGCUUCAUUCAUGAAUUUACAACGACACACUCUCAAGCAAAACUAACUAACGAGCUACUCGUUAUUAAACCAUGUACUUUAAUCUGUAUUUUGAGUGUCUUAUGUAUAGAAAUAUAUACGAUAUAUACGCCAA